CAAGACAUUAUUGUGUGCUAUUAAGCUGUCUAACUUGGUCAUGUAGGGAAAAAGUUUUUUCAACUUUUUCGAGAAAACGCAAAGGACCUUUGCUUUUCAUAUCAUUGAAAAGAUAGAGUUUUGGUUACAAGUCCCCUAAGAGACGCAGUUACAGGAAAAAAAGGAGGGGUGCCUAGUGCAGAUCCCAGCUGGUCGGCAGCACAGCCCGUAGGCCAAGUGCCCCAGCCCUAGCCCAAACGGUAGCUUCCUCUUUGAUCUUGUCAAGCAAACCUGUGUCGACGGUCGAGCCCUGUUGAAGACACAGUCAUUUCUGUGUUUCCAGAGCAUCCAGGGUAUUAGCAAAGUAGCAGUUGCAAAACCCUUGCGGAGCGGCUUCGGCAGCGCCGGUGUCGUCUUUGUGAUCCAAUCUGUCAGGGAAGCAGAGUCACUGUCUGGUGUCCUGCAGGUCAUCCUCAACCAAGCGAGUGCAUCAUGCCAAACUUGCUUGACAAAGGGGCAGUCGAUCAGGUGGUGGCGCAUGGUCUCAGGGAGCUGGUCACAGAGUAAGCACCUGGGGUGAUGCGGUAGGCCACGCCUAGCGAGCCGCUCGGCGGUCCAACAUCGAUCUUGCAGGGCCAACCAUAGGAAGAAUUUCACCUUCUGCGGGGCCCAAGUCCGCCAGAUGUGCUUGGAGGCAGGGCAGGUGGUCGAUCCGUGGAAAGUGGCGAGGUAGGCAGACUUAGCGGAGUAAAUUCCGGACGUUGUCCACAUCCAAAGCAGGUGGUCAGGUUCCUGGUUAAGCAGCGUGCCCUCGACCUUCUGCCAAAGCUGCAGGUACUCGCCAAUCUCCUGGAUGCCCAGCGUCCCAUGAAUGUCUCUUGCCCAUCUGUUGUCUUGCAGCCCAUCAGCAACCGUUCUCGAUUUGCGGCGCCGUUUGGGAAUGCACACGUGGAGUGAGCGCGCAAUCUCCUUAACCGAUCGUCCAUCCAGCCAUUGGUCGUCCCAGAACUUAGCGGCCUGGCCGUUGCCAAGGAUCAUCGCCGUGCAAGCGAAGAACAAGGCACGCUCCUGGUCCAUGAACUGGAGCUCCAAGCCAUGCCAGGCCCGCCGGUCGUCGGUCUGGCUGAACCACAUCCACCGCACGCGCAGUGCCAUGCUCGUCCGCUCCAGGUCGUGGACGCCCAAGCCACCAAGAGCGAUGGGGCGGGCGACGUGCGAUGUGGCAGUGCCCGCCAUUGGCGGUGGCGGCAGCCCUCCCCGCCCAUAGGAAACCACGCUUGAUCCUGACGAUUAGCCUGAGAAUCUUCUUGGAGGGCGCGAGGACCAACAGCUGAUGGAUGGGGAUAGCACCCAGGACAGAUUUGACCAUGGCGAGACGCCCAGCCUUGUCCAUGAGGUUGGCCUUCCAGCUGGGCAGUCUGGCAGCGACCUUGCCCACCAUCUGCUGCAUCUGGGCGCUCGUAGGCUUGCGGAUGGUUAGCGGGAUUCCCAGAUAGGUAAUGGGCAGCUCGACCACGGGGCAGGUGAGCAGGUCGACGGCAGGUUGCACGUCCUCCGGGGCGCAGCGAAUGAGCGUGGCGGUGCUCUUGCCGUAGUUGACGCUUAGACCGGACGCGCGUCCAAAGAGGUCGAGCGUGGCCUUGACGGCUUCAAUCUCCUCCUGGAUCGGGUGCUGUGUCCAUAGCAUGAUGACCAUCCAGACGGAGUUCUCUGUGAAGAGAAAUUGGGCUGGUGAUCCAUGUGUGCCUAUAUCUUUUGCAUGGAAUGGCUUGAAUUGCAGUUAUAUUGGCAGAAGUCCUCCAAGAAUAAUAGCCUUAAACAUGUCAUCCAGUGGAUUGGUCGGUGAAAUUGAUUUAUUUGGUAACAUAAUGGAGCUCGAACGCCUGGAUCUAUCACACAAUAACCUGUCAGGAUCAAUACCUUAUUCUCAGGGUCGUGAAAUGACACCUACAUUUCUGGAUCUAUCUUACAACAAUCUGUCAGGAUCAAUACCUGAUUAUUUGGGUCAAGGGUCACCAUUGACAUUUCUGGAUCUAUCUCACAACAAGCUAUCCGGAUCAAUACCUCUUUCUCUGGGUCUAGAGCCAACAUUUACAUUUCUUUUCUUCAUCUCAAAUAGGGAUUUUUCGAGCAACGACCUCAGUGGAUCAAUUCCUUGUCAUCUUCUAGUACGAUCUCAGCUAGGGUCAUUGACACUAAGGGUCGAUGACAACCCAAAUCUUCGUGGAGAUAAUACCUGCAAUGAUGUCCGGAAAAACAAGGACAACAUAAAACCUGUGUUCGAGAUUGUGGCUCUAGUAGUUGCUGCAGUACUUGUACUGUUUGUGGCUGUAUUUGUGCUUAUCGUGUUGCGCAGAAGUAAGAAGAGAGCAGUGCUUAUGGUGCCUCCAGAUGUGGCUCAUUCAUCUAACCCAUUAGAGAACCGGAGGUUCAGUUACAAAGAACUCAAGUGCAUCACGAAUAACUUCAGAACUGUGGUUGGGAAGGGUGGUUUCGGACUUGUUUAUCUUGGCAGUUUGGAAAAUGGAACUCAUGUUGCUGUCAAGAUGAGAUCAGAGACAUCUUCUCAAGGGAAUGCCGAGUUUCUGGCUGAGGCUCAGCACCUGGCCAGGGUUCAUCACAAGAACUUGGUCUCAUUAAUUGGCUAUUGCAAGGAUAAUAAACAUCUAAGCCUUGUAUAUGAGUACAUGGAUGGGGGAAACCUACAGGAACGGCUGGCAGGUCAAGAACCCCUUAAUUGGCAGCAGCGCCUUAAGAUCGCACUGGACUCUGCCUACGGACUGGAGUACCUGCACAAAUCUUGCAGCCCGCCAUUGAUCCACAGAGAUGUGAAAACUGGAAACAUCCUCCUUACAGCAAAUCUUGAGGCAAAGUUAUCAGAUUUUGGGCUGACAAGGGCAUUCAGCAGCGAAACGAUGACACACACGACCACCCAACCUGCUGGUACCCUUGGAUACCUGGACCCAGAGUACUAUGCCACCUAUCAUCUGAGCGAGAAGAGUGACGUGUACAGCUUUGGCGUCGUUCUCCUGGUGCUCAUCACAGGCCAGCCAGCGAUUAUCAAUAUCAGCGACACAGAGAGAACCAACAUUCCUCUUUGGGCGCGCCGCAUGCUCUCUGAAGGCGACAUCGACAGCGUGACCGACCCGACGAUAAGAGAAGACUGCGACAUCAACUCGGUGUGGAAGGUGGUGGAGGUAGCCCUGCAGUGCACGGAGCGCGAGGUGCGGGACCGGCCAACAAUGGGAGAAGUCGUGGAGGGGAUCGGCGAGAGCUUGCAGCUGGAGACCUUGUCGCGCUCCAUGAGGUGCAGCUCCAUCAGGACAGGCAGCUCGGCGUUUGCUGACAGCGAGCCUGGUGGUACGCUUGAGGCGGCAGAACUGGUUGGAGAAACAUCGGCGCGGUGACAUGAAGCCAUGGAGGGAUUUGAUUCCACCGAUUCGUUUCAUUUACUCGGGAGUCUGAAUUAUUAAGUCCAUUAUAUGGAAAUUCAUACUUAAAUUGUUGUGUUUGCCUUGGCAUGUGAUGAAAUUGAUGGCGAGUAGCCAUCGUGUUGGCAUCGUGUACAACGCCCAUGUCGUGUGAGCUAACUUGAUCAAGGUC